CCCGUGGCUGGCAAUGGCGCUGCGCCUGGCCAUCGCGGUGCCGGCCACACUGUGGCGCAUCCUGGUUCCUCUUCGUCAAAACGCAAUCCCAUCACCAGCAUCAACGCAGCCCCAUCGCCAACACCAACGCUCCGAAGCGACUGCAUCCUCAGGCUGCGCCCGCCGCCGUUCGGAUCCGCCAGACACACGCCAUAUCAUUCUACGCCUGCGCCUCCUUGCAUUCUACAUUUCUUGUCCAAAACCUGCUAAUCAGGAGGGAUCUCUAUCGAGAAAGGUAGCCACCGAUACCCCAAGCUGGCCAUCAUGUCCCAACAAGCCGGUGCAUCCUUCGAUGCUCAGCACCCAAAUCACAGCCCGCCAGAAACCGACGACCAAGAAUACGCCUUUGGGGAUGCCGUCGAUGACGCUGAAGUUGAUAACCUCGACGCCGCCGACCCUGUUGAUGCCGCAGGCCUCUCUGAACCAGCGGACCUGGCUGCCCAGCGCAGCCAAGAUGAGCUUGCCUUUGAUGCCGAAGGGCUUGAAGCCGACGAGCGAUACGACGAAUAUGCCGAUCUGCCAGAUCAAUACGACCACGACACAGAUCCGAACGCCGAUCAUGGGCAUGGUCUCGAAGGCGAAGACGCUGUCCAUGUCAGCGAAGAUGUCGAUCCCGACGACAGAAAACCUCAUCACGAGACCGAUGAAGAAGCGGCCCUGGAAGAAACCGGUGCGGACGUCGCUGUAGAAUAUUCCGAGCUCGCUGCUCCCCAAGCUGAAGAAGCCUCUGGCGACAAUACAGAUUAUCUUGAAUCCCACGCGGUCGGGGAAUUGGUCGAAACCGAAGACUACGACAACGAGCGUGAACCCAACGAUGACGCCGCCACGUAUGCCCAUCAACAUGUGGUCCAAGAUGCACCCGAGUAUCUCACGGGGGAUCGCACGUCCCAUGUCGAGCCCACGGCACCCGAUCUCCAUGCCGUUGCUGGGGAAUCCGGCGACUACGAGACAUACGAUGCAGACCAUGAUCAUAUGGAAGAUGACCAAGCUGUGGCAAUCCACGACAGAGAGCACAGGAUCGGUGGAGAGGGCGACGAUGCUGCAGGGGCGAGCCAGGUGGGAACAGGGGAUGGCGCGGGCGACAGUGCCGAGGAGGCAAGUCACAAUGCGAACGAUGCAGACGAAGCGACGGCCGCCGCCAGCCACAGGGCUGACGGAGCCGAGGAUAUCGAGAACAUCGAGGAGCCAUACGAAGUCGGAUAUGCCAAUUUGGCUGUCAUUAUGGAGCUUCGUGGACGACGAUACUGCCUAUUCGACAACACCGGCCUUGCCGAUGACGACGGUGCCGAAAGCGGCCCGAUCGCCGAGGCGGACGUAUAUUGCACAGGAGAGGAGUGGGGAGACGCUUUUGAGAAGCCGCUAACCAACUUUAUUUCAGACCUCAAGCAAGAGUUUGAGCUCUCUCGGGACGUUGUUGCAGAUCUGCCCCAGCUCAAGUUAUCGAUCCCAGAGGGCUCGGCCUACGGCCAGAGCCUCUGUCUGAACAAGCUCUAUGACUACCUAUGGGCGUAUCGGACUGCAACACACGACGGCAGCGAGGCACCGUUGAUCCUGCGGCUGACCGAACUGGACGGCUGUCUCGAAACCCAGCUUCAAUACUACCAGUCCUUGGUCCACGCCGAUGACGAGCUUGGUGGCGAUGGUGUCGAGGAGUACGGCGAGGACGAGCACGGCCACGAGGCGGAUGCGUUCGAAACAACGGAGCCGCUGGAGCCCCACGACCCAGAAUCAUCAUUCUACGACAAUGAAGAAGCCGAACCGCACGACUAUAUCUCUGACAAUACCACGGGAUAUUUUGAAGCCGCAGGCGAUGGUGGCCAUGGAGAGGAAGGCUACGAUCCGUACCUCUUACCUCACGAAGACGAGGACCGCGGCGUCGAUACACAUACGCAAGCCAGCGAUGAUGUCAAGCGUAAACUCCAGUCCGAAGACCCAGCAGUAGCAGAAUCGGCAAAACGAAUCCGGCACUGAACCUGGCGCGUGUUGGGAGCGGCGAUGGGAUCCUGGCUGCAGCAGAUGCAAUCUGCGGAUCAAUGCGUGGCAGGAUCAAUGCGUGGCCGAAUCAAUGCGGUCGGAUCAAUGCGGCUGGACGAGCAAAUGUGGGUUCGGGCCGACAUGGCUGGUUGUGCAGUAGCCGCUUGAGUCAAGCCACAGCGUUCACAAAAUGAAACGAGACAUCGGAUUGCUGCAACGCAUUCUUGGAUGGGAAUGCGCGCCUGGUGCUGGACAGGGACUCUGCAUCCCGUCCCUGGAGGCUGCGGCCGGCCAAGCACUCUGAACAGUCCAGGCGCCUCCGGCUGCUUGUCCUGGUGGCCUGGAGCAACGGCUGCAGGUCUCCACCAAGCGAUUGCAUCUCCAUGACCCGUGGAUGC